UGGGUAUCGUACUAAAGGUAAAACGUCAUGGUACCGAGUUGGUACUGAAUCGCGCAAAAAUUUUAUCAACGGUGGCGGGAAAUGCGCAAAUUUGAAAAAGUGUUUGUGAAUUGGAUUUAAGUGUGUUAUUGAAUGUUGAAUAUAGGUACAUUUAAUGGAUAUAGCUUUAUAUGGAUAAAGUGAUUUGUUCUUGAGAAAGUUUAUUUUACAUAAAUUUUCUAAAUGAUCAAUGGAAUGGCUUUCAAUUUUCUCCAGUUACUUCAAAUCCUAAUUUUUGUACCGCUGAUACAAUGUAAAGGGCUAUGCGAAGUAGAAAAUGGAACGUCGAACAUCAUUGUAGAUAUAGAAGAAAGCAGAGACUCUUCUAUUAGCCAAGAAACUAUCCCAAAAGAACUGCCCAUUGUGGGAGAACCAAAUGUAGAUAUAUUUUUAGAAUUGUCCUUCCCUAGAGGUCCCCCAUUGUUUUUUCUCAAUGAGAAAAAAUUGCAGUUGUUAGCCCCUAUUGAUAGAGACGAAGACAGUAAUUCCCAUAUAGUUUUUCAGUUAAUUUGUACAAUAAAAUCGACACAUAAAGUCAAAUCAAUUCCUGUGAUAGUAAGACUGACUGAUAUUAACGAUAAUAGUCCGCAGUUUAUUGGAAUUCCUUACGAGACGAGCAUAUCAGAGUUAACUCCUAUUGGAACAACAAUUUAUCAAAACAUCAAUGCCAAAGACAAAGAUACAGGGGUAAAUGGACAAGUAGAAUAUUCAAUUAUUAAAGGAUCAAGCCCUAUUGCAGACGAAGGCAUCGGCAGACAAAGAAUCCACAGUGAAGACGGUUAUGGAUAUUUCGCAAUCAACUACCCUCAUCAGGGUCAAGUUACUGUCAAUAGGACCUUGGAUUUUGAAAAAACCCAACGUUAUUAUGUUACCAUUCUGGCAACGGACAAAGCAAAAGACGAGAGCCAAAGGUUGACGUCAACCACAACUUUAAUUGUUAACAUAAAAGAUGACGAUGAUUUACCACCAUCUUUUAUUUACAAAGGCUGCAUGCUAUUGGAUGGAUCUUGUAUUAAUCCUGAAUAUUCAGCAUCUGUUUCUGCUGGUGUAAACCAAGGCAUCCUCAACAUAUCCCCGGAAAAAAUCCAAGCGGUUGACAUGGACACGAUCAACUCUCCAAUUAAAUAUUCCUUUGUCAGUGGCACUCCAGAAACGUAUACGCAAUAUUUCAAAAUCCAUCCAGAUACUGGGGCAGUGCACCAAAUAAAGCCCGUUGAAUCAUCUACUACCAAAAAAUUCAACAUCAUCAUCAAAGCUCAAGAAGAUUCUGAAGCGAAACGUUCCACAACGGCUAAAUUAUUUAUAACAGUUAAACCUGUUGAUGCUCAUCCUCCUGAAAUUGUUUUAUCAUCAAGCGAUGGUUACGUUAAAGAAAAUUCACCAAUUGGUGAAGAAGUGAUGGAUAAAACUGGAGAACCCAUAUUAGUUCAAGUUGAAGACAAAGAUUUUGGAGCAGACGAUCCCAAAUUAGUAUACACCUUCGAGCUGACAACUCCUUAUUUUGUUAUCGACAAAAAUGGCCAUUUGGUGGUUAACGAAAACAACUUGGACCGAGAUCCACCAAAUCCUGGAAAAUUUAAAUUUCAAAUUGUCGCAAGGGAAAUAAAUGGGGUGGCUGCGAGUGCACCAUCUUCUGUUACCGUUUAUUUGUUGGAUGUUAAUGAUAAUCCACCAGUUUUACCUACUAUAUCACCAGUGUCUGUUCCAGCAGGUGAUGUGAAAAGAAAAGUAACCACCAUCCAUGCAGCCGAUAAUGAUGAAGGAGAAAAUGCCGAAAUCGAAUAUUCAAUUUACCAUGUAUCGAAUAAUGGAAACAAUAAAUUUGUUAUUGAUGAAAACACUGGAGAAAUUACUACUACGGGAAAACUAAACGCUGGUGAUCAGUACAGUUUGACAGUCCAAGCUAAAGAUCCAGGAGGUCUUUACAGUCAAGCUAUCGUAGAAGUAACAGUCAGUCCAGGUCCAAAUACUGAAGCUCCCGUUUUUGAACAAUCUAUAUACGAUUUGGAGGUCAGUGAAGGCGCUACGAUAAACUCCACUGUUGCCACAUUAGUAGCAAUAGAUCCAGAACGUGAUCCAGUUACUUAUUCUAUAGCCUCUGGCAAUGAUUUGAGGCAGUUUGCUAUUGGAGCAAAAAAUGGAGUGAUAUCAAUUAUCAGAAUGUUGGAUAGAGAGGAUUUGAACAGGUAUCAGUUAGUUAUCAAGGCUGAAGAUACUGGAAAGCUGUCUAGUACUGCAACGGUUAAUAUAAAAGUUACAGAUAUUAAUGAUAAGAACCCAGAAUUUGUUGGUGAUCCGUAUUUAUUUAAUGUUAAAGAAGGUUUAAAAAGAACCUCUGUAGGAUUUGUGAAAGCAGUAGAUGCUGACGAAGGAAUAAAUUCUCUAGUUACUUAUUUCAUGCCAACUGGAUUACCAUUUGAUAUCGAUAACCAAACUGGAGAAAUUCAUACCAAUAGGCCUCUGGAUUAUGAAAGCCAAAGAAGCUACCAAUUCGUGGUUACAGCCAAAGAUGGAGCUCCCGAUCCCAGAAUUGCUACAGCCACAGUUGCUGUUCAAGUAGAAGACGUUGAAGAUGAAGUACCAAUUUUUAAAGACGAAAAAUACGAAGCUCUCGUGCCUGAAAACAUGGCCGAUCAUUUUGUUACUUCCGUUGAAGCUUACGAUCCAGAUACUGUACAAAAAAUCACAUAUGUGAUCAAUCAAGGACCCACUGAUUUAUUUAGAAUCGAUGAAAAAACUGGAGCAAUUUACACUACAAGAGGUUUAGAUUAUGAAAAAGACCAACAACAUGUUUUGGUUAUUGGUACUUUGGAAAACAUGUCCGAUGAGAAAAAUUCUACCACAAAAGUUAUAGUCGAUGUAGAAGACCGCAACGAUAUUCCUCCAGUGUUUACAAUUAUUCCUCAUCCCAUUAGUUUGGAGGAUGAUGUUUCUAUUGGCACCACUGUGACUACCUUAGUUGCAACUGAUUCCGAUGGAACUUCACCUGGAAAUAAGGUGCGAUACGAAAUUAUCGGCCGUGGAAAGGCUACCAAAUAUUUCCAAAUCGAUCCAGAUAGUGGAGUUCUCAAAGUCACUAACGAUUUGAAAAAAGAAGCUGAUACAGAAUAUCAAGUUGAUGUUCGAGCCUAUGAUCUGGGUGAACCUCAACUAUCCUCAGUUAUAACUGUGGAAGUUUUUAUUCAGCAUGUAGCAACUGUAGCACCAGAAGUGGGAUUACGAUUUGCAGAUACUUCUUACACUCUGCAAGUUCCAGAAAAUGCCACUGUUGGAAAACAAAUUAAAACUUUGACUAUUGUUAAUGGAAAAACUCACGGAACUAGUAUACCACUGAAGUGUCAGAUUAUCAGUGGAAACAAGGAAGGCAAAUUUUCGUUAAAUGUAACUGAAGAUAGAAAUUGUGCUUUGUACUUGAACGGAUCUUUGGACUUUGAAAAUCAAGAGCAAUAUGUUUUCGAUGUAGAAAUUAUGUCUUUACAAGGUUUUAUCAAUAAAGAUUUUGCUGUUACCCAAGUCACAGUUAAUGUGCAAGAUGUUAACGAUAAUAAACCGUACUUUGUUUAUCCAUUUGACGUUGAAGUUCUACCUAAAAAGACCUUUGAAGAAGUGGAGUCUAAUGAUAUUGAGGCAAAGAAUGACAAAAAAUAUUUUGCAGCAGUGGCAAUUGAUUCUCCAUUGGACAGUGCAGUUACUCAAAUUAAAGCAGAGGAUCUAGAUAGUGGAAAAUAUGGAAAACUUGUUUAUAAUUUAGCAGGAAAUUUCAGUGAUGAAUUUUUCUCAAUCGACCAAUCCACUGGCAUAAUAAGAACAAAAAGACUCUUUGACUACAUUAAUUCUGACAAUUUGCCCUUUAGAUUAACAGCUGUAGCUCGGGAUAAUCCAAAUGCCACUAAAGAUUUUUUUGAAAUUGACACCCCAUUAAUUGUGAAUAUUAUUAGACCACUACAUAGGCUUAUAUUGGUUAUUGGAGAUGCCAAACCAAAUGAUGUCCAGAAGAAGCUUGGUGAUAUUGUUAUGGUGAUCCAAGAGCAAACUGGAUUAAUACCAGGCAUUGAAAAAUUGGGGUCAAGAGAAUUUAUUGGUGGAAAUGGUACUUUGGAAGUAGAUCCAGAGGGUACCGACGUAUGGUUUUAUGUAAUUGAUCCUGAAACUGAUGAAAUUUUGCCCAGGAAUCAUUCACUUGUCAAACGAUCUCUCUUGGACAAAUCUUCAAUGGAUAAUAUAACAUUCGAUAUAACAGCCCAAAUAAAAAAUACGGCCUUCAAUAUCCAUGAACCCUUAGUUUUCCAUAGAGUGAGAAGUGCUUCUAUAGCUUCCUUUAACGGAGAAGUUUUUCCUUACGCUCUAAUAAUCAUUGCCUGUAUUAUAUUUUUGUUGGGCAGUGUUGGGAUUAUUUAUAUUUGUGUUUCAUGGUCCAGAUAUAAGACCUAUAAAGACCAGUACGCUAAUGCACGCCAGUACGUUGUUCCUGCUAGUCCUGCUAGAUAUGAUACGGUCUACGUGGAGCCUAAUCUUAAGGAAUACGAAACUCAAGUGCUUCAAAUGGUGGUCCAAGUUGAUGAUCACGAGGAUUACAAUGAUCUACAAAUUGAUUUUAGCAAUAAAAAUCACGCGUUUAGUUUGGAGAAUGUUAGUUACAUUGGCAAGGAUACCAACAUAAAAAACUAUGAUAAAUCCAGUCCUGUAAGUAGCGAAUCUGCAACAACUGCAAGAGCAUCUAGCGUAGGUGAUAACCAUCUUAUUAAAAAUACUAACAAUAAUAUAAGAAGAGAUCACGUUUACAGGCCUUCAGAAGAUAAUAUGAACGCCAGUCCUACCAACGACAACGUAAUGUUCAAGGAGAAGAAAGACUACAACCAUAUGCAUAAUAUGGGAUACUCGUAUGAUUCGCCUAUAGAGACUACAACAGAAUUAUAAUACCUAGAUAAUAUCAAGAUAGUUUAUAGGAGGGUGAACUAACUAUGUAGAAAUUCCUCUCAACUAAAUAAACAAGGAAUUUCAAUAUGGGAUCACCCUAUACUUAAAAUUGUACAUAAAAAUGUGAUAUUUGAUCGCAAUUAAAUUGUUUAAUAUAAUUAUAAAUCAGAAGGAUAGAUGUAGUCUAACUCUAUAAAAUGAAGCUUUUUGGGAUGAAAUAAAUUCCUAAUGUAUGAUGAAGUUUUUAUAAAUAUUUGAUACAACGAAUGUGAAUGUAUGAUAAAUAAUUAAAACUAGAAGAUUUACAAUAGUUUAGAAAUUAAUAGGAAACAACAGGUUUGACGUUAUGAUUUUGGGCUACUUAGUGCCAUUUAAGAGAAAAGAAUGACAAAGAAAUUUGUACUAUUUUUUGUUUGCUAUUAAAAUAGGUAUUGCCAAUCAUUAAAAUGUUAGCACUUUGUAGGUAUAUGUAAUUAAGUUAUUAACUUGUAAAAAUUUUAUACUUUUUUAUGAAGACAGAGAUAGUUCUAGUCUUAUAUGUUUUAUACCUAUCUUGCCUACAUUUUAAAUAAUAGAAAGAUUUAUUUAAAUAAA